AUGGCGGAGAGAAAUACAACCGCACACGCAAACGCACACGCACAGACCUACUCCACGUCCCCGGAGCAGUCGGAGCAGUCGGAGCAUCGGCCGAGCCACUCGAGCGCGUCCAGUACAGUGGUGCAUGAUGAUGUCGAGAAACAGAAUGUAGACCCUUCGUCCGAGGAGGGGAAAGAUCCCAAUAUCGUGGACUGGGAUGGCCCGGAUGAUCCGGAAUAUCCCCCAAACUGGACGGAACUCCGCAAAUGGACGAUCACGAUAAUUCUGGGAUUGAUGACCGUCUCCGUGACCUUCGCCUCGUCCGUCUUCAGCGCCGCAGCGGCGGUCACGGCGGAGCAAUUCGGGGUGUCGGAGGAAGUGAUGAUCUUGGGGACGAGCCUCUUCGUGCUGGGGUACAGCUUCGGGCCGCUGGCCUUCGGCCCGCUAUCCGAACUGUACGGACGCAAAACCCCGCUGUUCGUGGGCUUCUUCAUCUUCGCCAUCUUUCAGAUCCCCGUGGCGGUCGCCCAGAACCUGCAGACAAUCUUCGUGUGCCGAUUCUUUGGGGGGUUGUUCGCCAGCGCCCCGCUGGCCAUCGUGGGCGGCAUGCUGGCGGACUUCUUUGACCCCGUAGAACGCGGCAUCGCCAUGGCCGUCUUCGCGGGCAGCACCUUCGUCGGCCCCGUGGCGGGCCCCAUCGUCGGCGGGUUCAUCACGAUGUCGUAUCUGGGCUGGCGCUGGACCGAGUACAUCACCGCGAUCAUGGCCUUCUUUUUUGGGGCGCUGGGGUUUCUCGUGGUGCCCGAGACCUUUGCGCCGGUGCUGCUGCAGCGCCGUGCGCGGCGGCGGCGCUACGCCACGCGCAACUGGGCGCUCCAUGCGCGCUCGGAGGAGGAACCGGUCGACCUGAAGAAUAUCGCGCACCGGUACCUCGUGCGGCCGAUCGACAUGCUCUUCCGCGAGCCGAUCCUGCUGCUGAUCACCCUGUACAUGGGCUUCAUCUACGGGUUCCUGUAUCUGUGCUUCGAGGCCUACCCGAUCGCCUUCCAGGAGAUGCGCGGGUGGAAUGAGGGGGUCGGGGCUUUGCCGUUUGUCGCGGUGACGUGUGGAGUUCUGGUGGGUUGCGGGAUUAUCAUCACCUUCACGAAGACGCGGUUCCAGGCCGUGCUCCGCCGCGAGGGGCAUAUCGUCCCCGAGGAGCGGCUGAUUCCCAUGAUGAUCGGCGGGGUGUUGUUGCCGGCGGGGAUGUUUUGGUUCGGGUGGACGUCCAAUCCGUCCAUCUCCUGGGUGCCCCAGGCCAUCUCGGGGGGUUUCCUGGGAGCGGGGAUCUUGUUGAUUUUCAUGCAGGGGUUGAAUUAUAUCAUCGACUGCUACGGCGUCAACUCCAACUCAGCCAUCGCAGCCAACUGCUUUUUCCGGUCGGGGCUCGGGGCGGGGUUUCCCAUGUUCGCGUUGCCCAUGUUCCACAACCUUGGGGUCAACUGGGCGAUGACACUGCUGGGAUGCUUGACGGCCAUUUUGUUUCCGGUGCCGAUCCUGUUCUAUGUGUUUGGGAAGCGGAUCCGGUCGUGGAGCCGGUUUAGUCCGAGUGAAGAGUAG